AUGAAAACAGAGCUAAUGUUAGGAGCCCCAAAUGGAGCAAUUGCGGAAUGCCAUAUAUCAGGUUGGGUACAGGCAGAUAUUUUUACCCGAUGGUUAGAUCACUUUAUAAAAUUUACAAAGCCUACUGCUUCUGAUCCAGUUCUUUUAGUAUUAGAUGGUCAUUAUUCUCACACAAGGAACAUUGACCUGAUAGAUUUAGCAAAACAAAAUCAUGUGGCAAUAAUAUGUCUUCCACCACACUCAACAAACAAGAUGCAACCAUUAGAUGUCUCGUUUAUGUCACCAUUAAAGACUUUCUAUGCACAGGAAAUAGAGAAUUGGCUUCGAGAGAAUCAGCUAAGUACUGUUUCCCCAUAUGCAAUUUCUAGCAUUUUUUGCAAAGCUUACAAUCGAGCUGCUACAAUGGAAACCUCCUGUAAUGGAUUUCGGAAAACAGGACUGGUGCCUAUCAACAGAAAUAUUUUUAGAGAUUCCGAUUUUAGCGUUCAUCGGGUGGAAGAUCGGAUUGACACCGUAGAUCCCUGUGAAGUAGACCAUCAAGGUGAUGAUACAGCACAGCAAAUACAUGAGAAUGCGGCUACUUCUGCUGAUUUCACAGGUGAUAAUCUAGUGAAUCAAGAUGCAAGUACUUCUAUCGCAAACGAAAUUGCAAGCAUCACUAAUUUCGUAGACACUGUAGAAUUUAGAGUGCAACAACGAACACCUAGCCCGAAUUUAGAACAACAAAUACAAUUUAAAUUAGUCUCUCCAACCGAUAUUUGUCCUUUGCCCUCAUAUAAAAAACAAAAUACAGUGAGCAGAAGAUCAGGAAAGGCAGUAGUCAUUACUCACACGCCAUAUAAGAAAGAGUUGCAGGCAAGCUUAGAGAAAAGACAGAUGAAAGCAAUUCCCAAAAAAAAAUUGGAUGCUAAUUUAAACCAAAAUAGCAUCUCCACACAAAAUCAACCCUCCACAUCUGGAGCUAAUAGGUCAAUCAACCAGAACCAGCCUUCUACAUCUAGUGCUAAAAGGUCCAAAAGGAUUCGGAUACCUUCCCACUCCAGUUCAAGUUCAGAAACUAGCGGAAGCCUUAAGUUGGAUGAUUUAUCCUCAGACGAAAGCGGUGGAAGCGAUGCUGAAUUCUUAUUUUGUACGGGUCGAUUUUCUGAAGAUAAGAAGGGCGAAAAAUGGGCCAAAUGCAGCCAUUGUAGUAGAUGGGCACAUGAAGAUUGUGGAGAGAUUGCCAAUAAAAUUUUCAUUUGCACUUUCUGUGAAGGGAAGGGGUUUUUCGAAUAG